AAGAGUGCAAAGAUGAUUUAGAUUCUAACUGUAAUGGAAGUUCUCAGCUAGCAGAAUUCUACUUUCUAGCAGAAGCCUUUGUUCUUUCUCUUUGUCCAGAGAGCUUUUGUGUGGCAGACAAACAAUAUUCUUAAAGGCUGCUGAUCAGCAAUAGUUCAAUUGCCAGUAUGGCAACUUUAUAUAAUAUUGUUUCUUCUUUCUUUAAUUUCUGCACAGCCUAAUCAUCAUGUUUAUUCUAGCCAAACUACUUUUCUUACAGCAUUGAUUUGGUAGCAUUGCUUCAAAAGACUGUGACCUCCACUCAAGAGACAGAAGGCAACUCAUUUGAAGCUCCUCAGCAGCAGACUUUUGGCCAAGCCCUAGUCUUCACAAAUACUCAGCAUAGCUCUCAGAUGGUAUCAGGAACUGGCAGUUCCAGUGCUGUAAACUCCUGUUCUUCUCAGAGUCUGUCUCCAGUUCUUUCUUCUGGCUUUGGAGAUCUUGGAUCCUCUAAAUUGGCAAACUCUACUGGAUCCCAAAUUUUGGAACAACUAAAAUCCCCAGAUCUAGGUCAGUUUACCUCUCAACAAAACAAUAGUAACUCUACCAAUGCUACCAUAACUGCCACAUCAUCUUGGAGUCUAAAACCAUCCAUUACUCAGUCCUCAGUCCUCAGUCAGUUUGACUUUAAAUCCCAGCCUGAACCAUCCCCAGUUCUGAGCCAGCUGACUCAACGGCAGCAACAAAAAAUGCAGGCAGUACCUGUUCUUCCACCUGGAUUGGAGUCCUUCUCCUCCCAGGUGAAACUCCAAGAGCCCUCACCAGUAGACACCUCUACAGCUAUCAGCAAAAUGCUACAGCUUCCCAGUAUAUCUUUGGAAAACCAGACAGUGACUGCCCAUCAAACCCAGCAGAAACAAAUAAAACAACCAAAACGGAGGAUAACUCCAGCAUCCAAGGUGGGUAAUUUGACAGCACCUGGUCCUAAGCAAAUGCAUAUGAGUUACUAGGAAAAGGGGAGCUAAUACC